GCCGUCGCCAUGGCGAAGAGGCGAGCACGGCCCAACCGGGUUCGGUAGGGGCGCUUCCCGGCACGCCUCCCGCCGGGGGGAGGAGAGGCACGGGUGUGGAACGGGAGGCAAGAGGCAAGGGUCCGUUCUGAGUUCCCUAGUGCAGAAAAGAACGAAGACUCGGCCCCAGAAAACGGAUCGGCGAUGGAGAAAGACACCCAGGGGUCAGAGUGGGACGAGCGGCCACGGCGGACAGAGCGUGUGGUCUUCUCGUUGCGCCUCACAGCUCCCACGCCCACGAGGCGGGGAUCAAUUGCCCCCACUUUACAGAUAGGCAAACUGAGCCGUACCUUCACAUGGCCGGGGACUAGUUGGGACUUGGAACCCUAAGCCGUUUUGCUUAAAUGCUGCCUUCCUUUUCUGCUCGGCGCUUUUAAAUAGGCAGCCAAUGCCAGGAGGACAGAGGAGUUCUGGGGUCUGGUCUCGUUCUCCCCAACUACCAACUAUCCGGUUCUGUGCGUCUGAACUUGGGUGCAGCACUCUGCCCGGGUCCCUGCCCGGCCCUGCUCGAGCCUCCGCCAGUCUCCAGAUUCGCUGCUGACGGCCCCGGGAAGUGUCUUCUCGAAAACGCUCCGUGCGGCCUGACUUCCGGCGGCUGGGCCGAAGGGAACAGGUGUGGGCGGGGAAGAGGGUGUGGUCUGUUGGCGGCCACACCCCGCACGACGCGCCGCCGGCGUGAGACGAGGAGGUUCCUUCCAGACCGUGCGCUCCCGCGUCGGGGUGACCCGUCGUAGCUCCUGCGUACUUUGUCUGAGGGACCCCAUCUUGGUCCGCCGUGCACCCCCAAGCCCAGAGCUGCGAAGCCCAGGGAAGAAGCUUGGCUGGCAGCCCUGUUGCUAAGCUGGGAGAACUAGGGCUCGGAGUAGGGGAAGUCGUGUCCCCUGCAGCAGACGCGCGCCCCCGGUCCUAGAUUCCCUCCCUGGGUCAGCGCGGUGUAGGGAGGAGGUCUAACGGGCCUCGAGCCGCCAGCCCUUACCCCGGGCACGCAGGCGACCACAAAUGAUAACUCGUGUUGGCCGGGCCUCCACCUUAUCUCCUUUCAUCCACACGGCAAAACUUUGAACGAGCAAUGAAUGAGUCUUCCCAUUGCUCCACAUCUUCACCAACAUUUGGUGCUACCAGUGUUUUUGGAUUUUAGCAAUUCUGUUAGGUCUGGCCUCGCCCCCCAGACAAUGGCCUCGCCCCCGUGAGCUAGGGCCUGCUCCUCGGCACCCGCCCCUCGCCGGCCGGCAGGAUGCAGCUGUGGAAGGCGGCGGCGGUGACCCUGGCCUUCAUGGGCAUGGACGUCGGCAUGACCACGGCCAUCUACGUCCUCAGCCACCUGGACCGCAGCCUGCUGGAGGACAUCCGCCACUUCAACAUCUUCGACUCGGUGCUGGACCUCUGGGCGGCCUGCCUGUACCGCAGCUGCCUGCUGCUGGGAGCCACCAUCGGCGUGGCCAAGAACAGCGCCCUGGGGCCGCGGCGGCUCCGCGCCUCCUGGACGGUCAUCGCCCUGGUGUGCCUCUUCGCGGGCAUCUACACCAUGGUGAAACUCCUGCUCUUCUCCGAGGUGCGCAAGCCCGUCCGGGACCCGUGGUUCUGGGCCCUGUUCGUGUGGACCUACAUCUCGCUCGCCGCGUCCUUCCUGCUCUGGUGGCUGCUGUCCACCGUGCGGCCGGGCGCCAAGGCCCUGGAGCCGGGCGCCGAGGCCGAGGCCGAGCGCUGCCCCGGGGACGGCCGGCCCCCGUGCGAGCAGGCGUCCGGGGCCACGCUGCAGAAGCUGCUGUCCUACACCAAGCCCGACGUGGCCUUCCUCGUGGCGGCCUCCUUCUUCCUCAUCGUGGCUGCUCUGGGAGAGACCUUCCUUCCCUACUACACCGGCCGGGCCAUCGACGGCAUCGUCAUCCAGAAGAGCAUGGAGCAGUUCAGCACAGCGGUCAUCGUCAUGUGCCUGCUGGCUAUCGGCAGCUCAUUUGCCGCAGGUAUUCGGGGAGGCAUUUUUACACUCAUAUUUGCCAGACUGAACAUUCGCCUUCGAAACCGUCUGUUCCGCUCGCUGGUGUCUCAGGAGAUGAGCUUCUUUGACGAGAAUCGCACAGGGGACCUCAUCUCCCGCCUCACCUCGGACACCACCAUGGUCAGCGACCUGGUCUCCCAGAAUAUCAACAUCUUCCUGCGGAACACGGUCAAGGUCACAGGCGUGGUGGUCUUCAUGUUCAGCCUCUCAUGGCAGCUGUCCUUGGUCACCUUCAUGGGCUUCCCCAUCAUCAUGAUGGUGUCCGACAUCUACGGCAAGUACUACAAGCGGCUCUCCAAAGAGGUCCAGAGCGCCCUGGCGAGGGCCAGCAGCACGGCCGAGGAGACCAUUAGCGCCAUGAAGACGGUGCGGAGCUUUGCCAACGAGGAGGAGGAGGCGGAGGUGUACUGUCGGAAGUUGCAGCAGGUGUACAAGCUGAAUCGGAAGGAGGCGGCGGCCUACACGUACUACGUCUGGGGCAGCGGGCUCACACUGCUGGUAGUCCAGGUCAGUAUCCUCUACUACGGGGGCCACCUCGUCAUCUCCGGGCAGAUGACCAGCGGCAACCUCAUCUCCUUCAUCAUCUACGAGUUUGUCCUGGGAGACUGUAUGGAGUCCGUGGGCUCUGUCUACAGCGGCCUGAUGCAGGGCGUGGGGGCUGCCGAGAAGGUGUUCGAGUUCAUUGACCGGCAGCCAACCAUGGUGCAUGAUGGGAAUUUGGCCCCUGACCACUUGGAGGGCCGGGUGGACUUUGAGAACGUGACCUUCACCUACCGCACUCGGCCGCACACCCAAGUCCUGCAGAAUGUCUCCUUCAGCCUGUCCCCAGGAAAGGUGACUGCGCUCGUGGGGCCCUCGGGCAGUGGCAAGAGCUCCUGUGUCAACGUCCUGGAGAACUUGUACCCUCUCGAGGGGGGCUGCGUGCUGCUGGACGGGAAGCCCAUCAGCGCCUAUGAGCACAAGUACCUGCACCGGGUGAUCUCCCUGGUGAGCCAGGAGCCGGUGCUCUUCGCCCGCUCUAUCACAGACAACAUCUCCUACGGCCUGGCCACCGUGCCCUUCGAGAUGGUGGUGGAGGCUGCCCAGAAGGCAAACGCCCACGGCUUCAUCAUGGAGCUCCAGGACGGCUACAACACAGAGACCGGGGAGAAGGGCGCCCAGCUGUCCGGCGGCCAGAAGCAGCGGGUGGCCAUGGCCCGAGCCCUCGUGCGGAACCCGCCCAUCCUCAUCCUGGACGAAGCCACCAGCGCCCUGGACGCGGAGAGCGAGUACCUGAUCCAGCAGGCCAUCCACGGCAACCUGCAGAAGCACACGGUGCUCAUCAUCGCGCACCGGCUGAGCACGGUGGAGCACGCGCACCUCAUCGUGGUGCUGGACAAGGGCCGCGUGGUGCAGCAGGGCACGCACCAGCAGCUGCUGGCCCAGGGCGGCCUCUACGCCAAGCUGGUGCAGCGGCAGAUGCUGGGGCUCGAGCCUGCCUCCGACUACGCGGCCGGCCACAAGGAGCCGCCGGGCGGCGGCGGUCACAAGGCCUGACUUGGGGGCAGAGGCCCUGGCGCCUUGCCUGGCAGAUGUACCCAUGGGGGCCCCCCCCCCCGCCCUCCAAGCCCAGGCCCACGGCCCUGGAGGGCAACCUGCCGUGUCCCACGUUUCACCGCUUCCUGCAUCUUGACUCUGAUUCCCGCCCUGUCCCUGGGCCACCACCAGUCCCCUCCACCCCCGCUGCCAUGAGCCAUGUCCUCCAGUCGGGGCCAGUGGGGACAGGUCCGAUACCUCCAUCUGGUCUCCCAAGGCUUCUGGUGAAGGCACAGCUACCUUUUUAAACCAGGAUCUUCCCAGAUUUUUUUACUGCUUGGUUUGAUGGGCCUCAGUCAACUCCUAGAUUUCACAAACUUUUUUUUUUAAUUGGGAGGAACAGUGGGCAAGGUCACUGAGAUGUUCUAGAAACUUCUGAGCCAGGAGUGAGUGACCUUUCCUAAUAGCCUGGGGGACGUCAGGGAGAACCAGGCCUCUGCCCUUUGCCCCUGGAGAAGGGGCUUCCCUGUCCCAGAAGGGGGACACAGAGAAGGGGACUUCUUCUCGCACUCUUCCCAGCUCCGUGAGUCAGGCCGAGGCCAGCAGGGGGAGUGGAAGGCGCCUGUCCGCCCACUGUCCCUGGCGCCUUGCCGAAUCGAAGCCAGUCUCACUGUGAACCACUACUUACCUUAACUGGGGGAGUGAGGGGCUGGCCAGGCCUGGCAGAGCCUCAGGUGUCCCCAGCCCUGCACCCAGCUUGAGCCCCUCGGCCCUGCCUGCCUCAUCCCCUGCUCCCCACCCCCUACCUUGCAGCCCCUCCCCCACACCCACCUCUGCCGCUCUGCUCUUGGGAUGUUGGAUGUUUGGCAGACGCAUUCUCUUCCUUGUCUGGUGGAGGGGGAUGGGGACAGUGGCAAAGCUCAGGCUGUGGCUUUGGGGAGGGGGGGGUCAGUGAGAGGGGCGUUGCAGGAUGUUGGAAAAACCCGGUCAAUAAAGUGUACUACCUCUGA